UCUGAGGCCGACGAUGAGGAACUUGUGCGUGCCACACAAGAGUGUGAGACACAGCUGCAAACAGCAGCCACCAUGCCUCCUCUAGCAGCCACCAUGCCUCCUCCAACAGCCGUCAUGCCUCCUCCAAGGGCACCCUGAAGAAAGGCGACGUGGUGCUCAACUGCUACAGGUGUGCCCGUGGCUCCACCUCCCUGGAGUCUUUCCAUCUUCACCUGACUAGGUUUAUCCCAGGUGUGCAAGAUGUAGCCGAUUAGGCUGACGAGGGACGCGUGGGUCCACCUGAUGCUCCUUCAAAAUGACCUGGCUCUUUUUUCUAUGUAGGAGAGAGCAGCGAGGGCAAGACGACGUCCUUCUCAGUGCCUCCCCUUCAAUCUUGAGCGGCGUGCCUCUUUGAAGGACUUUAAAGUUCAUAUUCUGGCUUUUGUUUUGUUUCACUCUUUGGUUGAAUUUGUAGCGCUGGCUUUGAAAAGUAAAAUAAGUGAACUGGCUCCAUGCCUCCUCUACAUUAUUUCUCACUUGUGAUGUGAGCGUAACACUCCUUUUGUAAUGUAUGUCUGGUUGUAAUGGAAAUUGUGUUAUAACAGGAGGAGCAUGGCAUAUAAUUCUGUGACCUGGGGUCCUGACUUUUUUGUGUUCAUGUAUUUAUCCAUCAGGAACCAGUGCCAGCGCCUCGCAUUUCCAGGCGUAUCUUCUGGAAGGACUGAUGCGCUGGAACGAGGACAGAAUGAAGGACUCUGUUCAAGCACCCACUUCCAUGCGCACCUACGGCAGUGUUCUGCAGGAGGCCGUGGAUCGGCUCAGCCAAGCCGUUCUGGGAAAACGUUGGGAUGAGCAGUACCGCAGUCCUGGAGUCUACACAGGUGAAUUGUUGGCCAUGGAGUACCUGUACAGCCAGACUGGCAUAUCACUUACUCCAACGCUCCACAACCAAGAGGAGGAGGACCAGCUGGUGGAGGACAUUGAUGACGAGGACAUUGAGGACGAAGGCUUUGAGGAGGAGACAGAGGACAUCACAGUUCCUGUGCUGACUGACGAUGACCAUGACAUUGAAAGGAGGCCCUCAACCACAAGGCGUCGGGCACUUUCACCACCACCUCUACCAGAACUGCCGUCCACGUCCACGGGUGGAGGUCAGCGUCCAGUUGCUGCUGCCGCCGUUCCGUCCACGUCGGGUCAAGGACUGCACCCUGCUGCUACUGCUGCCCCCACCACUUCAGGGGCUCAGGGCGUCGUCGUUGGACCGGAUGGCAUUCCUGGGUGGGACAAAGUGCAAGAGCUGGCUGCUUACCUGGUGGACCUGCGAGAUGCCGCCUACCUCACUGAGCCACAGGUGACCGAGGUCAUCCAGCUGUGGGUGGCACUCCCAGACAGCGACAAGGAGAGGAUCGACUACCAGCCACGUCACCAGGAGCGGCUGUCGUCUGGUCGAUUCAAGGCACCGAAGCGGUCUGGAGUCACACCGGGUGUGGAGAGCGUCAAGCGCAGCUUGAUAGGUCACCCUGGGGGGCCGGCUCAGUGGCCUGGUACCAGCCGCUUGGUAGACGCCAUGUGCACACGCUUGUGCACUUUGCACAAGUGCACUACCAGGAAGGCCGGUGUUUCCACUCCCAGGUGGACCAGAAUUCUGGAUGAUUACCACCACAUCCGUGACUUGAUCAUCGCCAGCCCACGGUUGAUGGCAGAUACAACAAUUCAGUUGUUUCAAAUCAACCAGCGGACACUUAUUCAGUGGUAG